AUGGGGGAGUAUGAAGAAGGAGGACGUAACAGUACAAGGAUGAUGGAAUUUAUUCUCAAAGGUUUCCCUGGUUCCCCAUAUUUACAGAUUCUCUUUUUUAUGCUCUUUCUUAUAAUGUACAUCCUGACCAUUUUGGGAAAUGUGGCCAUCAUCAUUCUAGUGAUAACAAACCGGCGACUGCAUACCCCCAUGUAUUUCUUCCUUUGCAAUCUCUCUUUUCUGGAGAUAUGGUACACAACAACAGCUAUCCCUAAGACACUUUCUCUCUUUCUUGGGAAGAGCAGAAGCAUCUCUUUCACCGGCUGCAUCCUUCAGAUGUACUUUGUUUUUGCUUUUGGAUGCACGGAGUACUUCUUGCUGUCUGUCAUGGCUUAUGACCGAUAUUUGGCCAUCUGUUUUCCUCUGCACUACAGCACCAUCAUGAACAUUAGCCUCUCUGCCAAGCUAGCAGUAAUCUCUUGGCUGUGUGGAUUCCUUGCUAUUACCAUACCAGCAUUUUUGAUUUCAAGAUUGUCCUUCUGUGGACCCAAUGUGAUUAAUCAUUUCGUAUGCAAUAUUGAUGCCUGGAUAGUUCUCUCUUGCACUGACACAUAUGUAAUAGAGAUGGCAGCCUUUGUCAUAUCAGUCAUUGUCAUCCUGGGAUCUUGUGCAAUAACCCUUCUCUCUUACAUAUAUAUAAUAUCCACCAUAUUGCGCAUCCCAUCCUGGAAAGGACAGCAAAAGGCUUUUUCAACGUGCUCUUCCCAUCUUGCAGUUGUAAUUAUUUGGUAUGGCUCCACCAUCUUUCUGUUUGUCAAGCCUUCUAAACGGACAUCUUUGGAAAUGACCAAGAUAGUCAGCAUCCUGAACAAUAUUGUGACACCACUGUUGAAUCCUUUCAUCUACACACUAAGAAAUAAAGAGGUGAAAGAGGCUUUGAAAAAUUCCUUGCACUGGAGAACGAAGAAAUAA